UCGAUGAAGAUAAUCCGGGUGAGCGGCUCGCAAACAAAUGCCUCUCAUUUUCCUAGGCCACACACGGACCUAUCAAUCGCGUCUUUUUUAUUGAGGACGACGCCUCGUGCUCAUGGUACGAUUCACAUUCGUCAGCGGCGUUCUCGCCGCGACCUUAGCAUGCGCCCAGUCUCAGAAUGAGACCGGACAAAAUCCGGGAUGGCCGCGGUGGUGUGGAAAGGUUUACGAACCUGGGUAUCCCUCUUUCGAGCCCGGCGGUGAAACGACAGAGCCUGCUCUAAUCAACUCCGACGGCUCACCGAAUCUGUACGUGCAAAUUAAGCCACGGCAUAGCAUAUAUCUAGAAGGAGAAGAGAGAGGGUCAAUUAUCGUGAACGCAGCACUAUCGCCUUGGUACGGCGAGCCCUGGACAAAUUCGACGACGGACGGGUCCGUGACAGAGCCGUUCACGGAGUUAUUUUUCUCAAUCAGUCUAGCAUCUGACAAUAAUGCCGGUGGGCCAAUCGUUAAGGGUAGCGCGCCGAUCAAUGCGUCGGCGGCCGCAUUCGACUUUGAUCUAUCCAGCCUAGAGCCUCGACUAGCUCCGUACGAUGUCGUGCUCUUCGGGAUGUCGAAGUUUGGUGAGCAAAGUUACAUGGCGAGUAGCUCGUUCCGGUACUUGCCAGACAUCGCUCCCGAAGGAAGCGCGACUAAGAUCGACAAUCUAAGCGGCGGACUGCUUUUUCGAAACGCGCAGACGGGUGGCGCUUUCGAACCGUUACUGCCGUAUGGAUUUUACGGACUGUAUAAUGGGUCUAACAGCACGGUAGAAAGUGCAGGAUUCGUGAGCGAGUACUCUAGCGACGGGAAGGGCCUCAAUGGGAUCGUCUCCCUAGCGGGCUUCGCCGACACGAAUCCGGUGUACGAUAGUAUGGACGCGUCGAGUAUGCGCUUCAUGUUUGAUUUGCGCGGCUCUUACAAGAACCUGACUGAGGUUGAGCAGCGCGUGAACACUAUUAAGCACCGUAGCUCACUUUUCGCAUACUGGACAGCUGACGAGCCUGAUGGCUGGCAAGUCCCCUUCGAAACCACACCAGCAGCACAGGAAUUGAUUCACGAAUUGGACCCGUAUCACCCUGUAGCCGUCACGCUCAAUUGUCAGGACUACUAUUUCGGAGAGUACUCUGUCGGGGGAGAUAUUUUAAUGGCCGAUCCGUAUCCAAUAGCGAUUAAUAGUACGUUCUCCAAAUGGGGUACGGUGUGUAACAGAACACUCGGGGACUGUGGCUGCGACAACUGUAACGGGAACGUACAGGAUGUGACUAGCCGUCUCGACAAUCUGAUCCAAUAUGAGAAGUGGCUCGGUCGCUGGCCGCUUCCUAAAUUCAUCAACCCGCAAGCGUUCUACGGCGAAGACUACUGGUUCCGUUACCCUACCACUGCCGAGGCCUUUGUCAUGAACGCCCUCGCCUUCAACCGCGGUGUCGCGGGUACCUUCGCUUGGACGUGGCCGACCAGCCAGGAACUAUUCGCGGCUCACUCCCAAAUGGCGGCUGUAGUCACUAACGCACCUGUGCGUGACUUCCUAUUAGGCGGUCAGCCUGACGGUAACACCAAGCUUGCUGAUGGGCCGCUUGUUGACAUAUCUUACUGGGUUAAAGGAGGGCAGGUUAUGGCGAGCGUGGUGAAUGGAGCGUACGAGGAUGUGCCUGGUCCAAUAUCCAUAGGGCUGCCAAUGACUGUUUCCAGUAUCUCAACCGUGGCGUUUGGUGGGUUGUCAUGGGAACUGUCCGACGGGCAGUUGAAAAUAGAGACACUCCCUGCCAUGUCGGCUAGUCUUGUCAUUCUGGAUUUGGAAUAGUCCAACGUCAUAUCACGAUCACUAUAACCUAAUGAAAUAUCUACUAAGAUCGCGUACAGCUGCAUCACUUGCCUAAUGGAUAGUAAACCAACCAAUCACGGCACACUGGGGCUGCGCGCCUAUAAAUUUUGAUGGUAUAGUGCCAUCUGUGUCACCAUGCCGGCAAACGAUAGAACCGGCCAGAGCAACAUUGACACUCCAUCAAUCCAUCGUAUCACAAUUAGGUCAUCCAAUCGACGGCGGUCGAUAC